AUGGGAAACCAAAUGAAAAUGAUUAAGGAAAAGGAAGAAGGAAAAGCAACAAGUGGUUUGUGUUGUGAUGUGAAUGUGAAGGCAAUGUAUAAUAUUUUUUCAGCAGCAAACAUACAUAUUGAUAUAGAUUUCAAUACAAAGCUUUCAAGAUAUGGUAUUGUUGGACAUAUUGCUGAGGAAGCGUUUUCAAGAAGUUUAGCUGUAAGUUCUUUGACUCGUGCAUAUGCGCAUUGUGUGUGCUGUUAUGUUCUUAUUCUAAGUCGAACUCGGUGCAAUGAGGCGGCAAGAAAUCUUUCUGUGGAGACAUGGAGAAAAGGAAAGCUUACUCCAAAAAGAAAUGUAUGGAGUUUUGGAAUUGUUCUUCUGGAGCUACUUACAGGAAGAAAGAAUUUUGACAUAAAUCUCCCAAGAGAGAGGAAGUUAGUUAAAUGGGGUCAGCCUUUCUUAGCCGACAACUUGUCUGUGCUCAUGGAUUCUCAACUUGAAGGUCGGUUUCUGCCAAAAGCAGCAAUAAUAGUUGCUGGCUUUGGGAUUCAGAUUGAAGUUGACAUUAAGGAUUAUAUUUACACUAUAGAAGGAAUAUGGGUUACUAUAACCAUCUAA